UUUGAAAACUGACACACUGAGAGAGAGAAGGAGAGAGAGAGAGAGAAAGUAGCGAGAGAAACACUGAGAGAGAGAGGGAAGAAAAGCCAAAACACCAAAAUCCCAACAACAAACAGUGCUUCCUCUCAUCUCGCGUUUGCGUUCUCAGUGUGAAGAAGAGAAAAUCAGUGAAGACAAGGAUAGAGAGAGAGAGAGAAAGGGAGGAAGAGAAGGAGAUGGUGUGUUUCUAGUUUUUUUACUGUGUUGAAGCUUUCUCUCUCUGCUUUCUCUGUCUGGGAGUGGAAGGGGGAGAAGGGAGGAAGAAGGAGAAGAGAGCCAUUUGAUCGGGGAUUGUCGGGUCGCGGGUUCGACAGCCGUACAAUCCAUCUAUGCACCGCGGGGCUCCGCGAAUUCCGGGGAGGGGCAACUUUUCGACGAGCAUGGAGCAGCGGUACGGACGCGGCCAGGAAGGGGCGCAGUCGGAUCCGUCGCCGGAGUGGUCGGCGCCGGGGCCGGAAACCGGGCUUGAAGAGGGACUGUGGCAGUUGGGAUUGGGUGGAGAAGGCGAAGCCGGGUACCCGGAAAGACCCGACGAGGCCGAUUGUAUCUACUACUUGAGGACAGGGUUUUGCGGGUACGGAGCGAGGUGUCGGUUCAACCAUCCCCGUGACCGAGCUGCGGUGCUGGGAGCUGCUAGGGCUGGAGGAGGGGAGUUCCCUGAGCGAGUGGGCCAGCCUGUGUGUCAGUAUUAUAUGAGGACUGGAAGUUGUAAAUUUGGCGCUUCUUGCAAAUACCACCACCCAAAGCAGGCAAUUGGUUCAGUUGCUCCUGUGCCUCUGAAUUAUUAUGGUUACCCUCUGCGUCCGGGUGAGAAAGAAUGUACAUACUAUAUAAAGACAGGGCAGUGCAAGUUUGGUGCUACAUGUAAAUUUCAUCACCCACAGCCAGCCAAUGUACAAGUUCAACAGCAGUCAUUGCCAUCACAAGUAGCGCCUAUGGCUACUCCAUUAGCUGCUCCUGCAAUGUAUCCACCCAUGCAGUCUCCAUCAGUUCCCUCAUCCCAACAAUAUGGGGUAUUAGUUGCAAGGCCUCCUUUGUUGCAAAAUACAUAUGCGCAAGGCCCCUAUGGUCCCAUGCUCCUGUCUCCAGGCGUGGUUUCCUACCCAAGCUGGAGCCCUUACCCGGGGCCUGUAAGUCCAGUAGCAUCUCCUGGUACCCAGUCUGCACUUGGCUCAAGUUCUGUAUAUGGUAUAACUCAACUGUCGCCAUCGGCACCUGCCUAUACUGGGGCUUAUUCACCUCUGCCUUCUUCAACUGGGCCUUCAAGUAGUAGCCAAAAGGAGCACUCUUUUCCUGAGAGGCCUGGUCAACCAGAGUGUCAAUACUACAUGAAAAAUGGCGAUUGUAAGUUUGGAUCGUCAUGUAGAUACCAUCAUCCGCCAGAAUUCAGUGCACCAAAACCGAAUGUAGCUCUUAGUCCCUUGGGUCUCCCCUUGCGUCCAGGGGCCCCUCUUUGCACUCACUACACGCAGCGCGGGCAAUGCAAGUUCGGUCCAGCAUGCAAAUUCGAUCAUCCAAUGGGAAUAAGUUACAGCCCAUCUGCGUCAUCCUUGGCCGAUAUCCCCGUUGCACCAUACCCCGUGGGCUCUUCAAUCGCCACCCUUGCUCCAUCUUCCUCAUCAUCGGAGCUACGCCCUGAACUGACAGGAGGAUCUAGCAAGGACUCCUCCAGUUCCACGAGAAUGGCAUCAUCAUCGGUAAACACCUACAGUGGGUUCGUAGGCUCAACUUAUUCAAGUGCUCAGCAACCUUCUUCUGGUUCUUUAACUGGCAGCGGCAGCAGUGGCAGUAGCAGCAGCAGCAGCAGCAGUGCUCGUGCCUCUAGCUAAUCGUAAGGUUAUUGCAACUUUCCUGUUCAUUCUACCUCAGAUCAAAAUUCAUGAAAGCCACGAUCUUUUCUUUUUUUCUUUCGGUCCAAGCUAGCCGUCAACUAGGAAGCAAAAAGGUUCUCGUAAUUUUCUAGUCCUUGAUAUGGCCAUCUACCCUUUCCCCCCCUCAUCUUUUGAAUAAACUAUGGCCAAAGUUUAGUGAACUUCCCAAUAUAUGAGCCUUGCUCCCCCCACCCUCCUUUUUUGUUUGAAUAACCAUGAGAGGUUACUUGCAGUUCUCUUGUCCCUCUCUCUCAUUAGCAGAAAGUCUAUGUCCCAAGGAAAGUUGGGAGGGGAGGGUUGGUGUGGAGAAUAGUAGCAUAUUCUAUGUUCUCUUCUUUGUUUCCAAAGAUGAAUGAAGAAUGAGAAACAUCACAAGAUUCUUCCUUUCGCUUCACAGCCUAAUGGCUUCCAAUUUGUCCAGUGAAAGAAAAAGAAGGAAUUGGAAGGGGUUUUCUUGUUCAACCCCCCAGUUUUUUGUUGCAGGGGUUUUAGUGUGAAGUGAAAAAAAAAAAAACCAGAAAAAAGACUUGUGGAAAAAAAGAUGGGAGGCAGAAUCUCAAUGCUCUCUUUAGUCUUUACCUUUUCUUUUCAACCCCCCAUCUUUCUUCCAAUGUGAUUAGAUGCAUAGUUGUUCUUAUAUGUAUUGUUCCCCACAAUGAAGACCUCUCUUUGUUCCUCCUAUCUUUCUGUGACAUUGUUAUUGGUGAAUCCUGUUUAUGCAUAGUUUACAAUGUAUACCAAGAAUCCCUACCUUCUUUUGAUUGUAAUAAUGAGAUGAAUUCCUCCCUC